GGGCCCAGCAGUGCUACAGCCAUUGCCUGAAGUCCCUGCAAGCAGGGCCAGUCUUUACAGCCUCCAUGAUGUGGGAGCUCCGCUCUGUAGCCUUCACCAGGGCUGUCCUGGCAGAAUUUCUGGCGACCUUGGUCUUCAUCCUCUUCGGCCUGGGCUCUGCUCUGAACUGGCCCUCAGCUUCCGCCCCGAGCAUCCUUCAAAUUGCGUUGGCUUUUGGCUUGGCCAUCGGCACGCUGGUCCAAGCCUUGGGGCACAUCAGCGGAGCUCACAUCAACCCGGCGGUGACGGUGGCUUGCCUCAUUGGCUCCCACGUCUCCUUCCUCCGUGCAGUCUUCUACGUGGUGGCCCAGCUCUUGGGGGCCGUGGCAGGGGCUGCCAUCCUGCAUGAGAUCACCCCAGCCGACUCGCGGGAAGGCUUGGCCAUCAACAAGCUGCAUAAUGAGACGACAACGGGGCAGGCGGUGACCGUCGAGCUCUUUCUCACCUUCCAGCUCGUCCUCUGCAUCUUUGCUUCCACUGAUGAACGCAGGGAGGACAACAUGGGGUCUCCUGCACUGUCUAUUGGCCUCUCUGUUGCCGUUGGACAUCUCCUUGGGAUCCGUUACACCGGUUGCUCUAUGAACCCAGCCAGAUCCUUUGCCCCAGCUGUAAUCGUUGGAGACUUCAGUGACCAUUGGGUUUUCUGGGUGGGCCCCCUGGUUGGGGCAGCGGCCGCGUCCAUCAUCUACAAUUACGUUCUCUUCCCACAAUCCAAAACCUUCUCGGAGAGGCUCGCCAUCUUCAAGGGCAUGGAGCCAGAGGAGGACUGGGCAGAGCGUGAGGCACGCCGGCGGCAAUCGGUGGAGCUGCACUCCCCACAAUCCCUGCCAAGAGGGAUAUCUGAGAAGGUUUUCUAGCUUUAGAGGAAAGCACCGUUAAAGCAAAGCCACCAGCGCAGCAGCAGGGAUGAGCACAUGCUGGAGUCCCACCUUCAAGUCCCCCUUGCAGGAGGCAGCGAGCGGUGGAGCUCAUUGCCCUUCUCGAGGCGCUGCAGAGAGGUGUUAUUACAGGCGUUUGCUGGGUGUGGAGGUUGCCACCCGAUGCCUCAUUGCUUUUGAACUCUGCUCACCCUUCUCCCACUUCUCGCUGCCCAGCUGUUUGCACACACACGGGAGCGCUGCUCCUUGCCACGCGGAUCUCACAACCUGCAAGUUUUGCUGCUGCGAGGAACCCAAGCACAUUUAUGACCCAUAGUGGAAUGCAAAUGCCCUUUGCUCUUGCAGAUUGGAAAAGUGUCCUCGGGUCCCCUCUGACCCCACUGGGGAGCUCUUGCAACUGCUCACUCUUGUGAUGAUGAGAAACCUCCUAAUUUUCUGCCCCAGAUAAUCCACAGCUUGGCUAUUCUUGGACCACUGCAGUCCCUCAGCUUCAGUGCUUCUUCUUUCUGCCUGGAUUUUGCUUUCUUUCCUCCAUUCCUGUGCCACCCUGAUUUCGGAUGAGUAAUACAAAGUAUUUCAGAUAUGAGGUUCUCUGACUCUUGCUUUCAUAGAUGAACCACACCAAUGGCUCUUGACCAUCCCAUCCUUUCAUCAGAACCUGGUUACAGCCACUAGAGUAGUCAAAGAAUUUGGGUUUGUCUUUGGGACAUGCCUUAGCUCUUUUAAGCAUUCAAUUUAAUCUCAUUUCUAUUACUCAGCCUCAAAGUUAUGCAUUUCCCGCAUGACGUCCUCGUGCUUCUUUCUGUUGACUAUACCUCCCUCUCACUGCACCGUCACAGAGCAUCACCACCUCAUUCGGGAUUCUUCUGCUGAGGUUAUUAAUGGAAGUAUUCAAUCAGAUGGGCUCCAAUUCCAAAUCCUAGAGAACAUUACUGAUUGUCUCCUCCUCCCCCUGUUUUGACAGGAACCACCAUCAAAUAAAUGAUGCUCUUCCUCUACCCGCUGUUCUCUACCUGUACCCAUCUCCUCCUCCUCUUGUGCCAGUGGUUCUAAUCCUCCACCUUGGUUGUUCAGUGAGAAAGGAACACUUGAAUACUAUUUCAAAAAUAGUUUGCUUGGCUUCUUAAAUAAAAUCUUUAUCUGUUCUUAGACUGAGCAGUGGGAAAUGAAAUCACAGAACCAUAGAAUCCUCAGAGUUGGAAGGGGCCACUAAAGGCCAUCCAGUCCAACUCCACUGCAGUGAACAGGGAUACCUGCAACUACAUCAGGUUGCCCAGGCCCUGGGCACUCAUCACUGAUCUCCAUUCAGACAUGGAGCCAUUGGCCACCACUCUCGAGACUCAAUCCUAUGAAGAGUCCACCCGUCAAAUCCAUCUCUUUUCAAUUUGGAGAGAAGGAUGUUGUGGGGUACCAUGUCAAAGGCCUCACUGAAGUCCAGAUAGAUUACAUCAGUGUCUCUUCCCUUGUCCAUUGAUGCAGUGACACCAUCAUAAAAGGCCACUAGGUUGGUCAAGCAGGAUUUGCCCUCGGUGAAGCCAUGCUAGCUCUCCUGUAUCACCUCCCUGUCUUCCAUGUACCUUAGCAUAGCCUCCAGGAGAAUCUGCUCCAAUAUGCAGAUUUUUGCUUCACAAAGCUCCUGGACUUUUCCUUUCUGGUUGAGGUGCCUGUAGAAGCCUUUCUUAUUCUUGUCAUCCCUUGGUUCAGUUCAAGCUGGGCCUUGGCCUUUCUGACCCCAUUCCUACACAGCCUAGCAGCUUCUUUAUGCUCUUCCCACAAUACCUAUCCCUAUUUCUACCACCUGUGCAUUUCUUCUUGCUCUCCUGUUUGACCAGCAGGUCCCCCUUCAGCCAUGCAGGUCUCUUGCCUUCCUUUCCUAACUUGCUGUACCUGGAGACAGAGAGCUCUUGAGUGCUGAGAAAAGCUUCCUUAAAGAUCUGCCACAUUUUCAUUCAAUCACGUUGCCAUUCAAGCAGAGUGUAAAGUCGUAAUAAAUCACCAAUUUUUCAUUUUUAAAAUUAGUAAUUAAAAUAUAGUUAAAAUUAUAUUUUUUGCUGCUGUUUGAAGGAAAAACAAUCAAUGUGCUCCAGGAAAACCCAAACACAUUUACCCAGAAUUUAUCCUGACCAUGAGCUUCUUUAGACAACACCAUACAGCUGAUUGAUGAUAUUUUUUUUCCUGCAAUGUUGAAGUUAAUUACAUGCCCUCAGAUCCAAGCAUUUAAGUUAUAUGUACUGUGACAAUGUUUAAGACACAUAAACUGCAAAGAGCCCUACAAAUGAGUUUUAGUGUCCAAUAACUUACUGUGUUCUUUCAAAUAAAGUGCUUCAAAUUCACUUCUACCCAA